AAGAUGUUUGCGAGGUUGAGAGGGACGAAGAAGGACAGGUCGAGGGACGAAGAAGAGGCAAGACAGAGGGAGGAGGACGCAAGACAGAGAGCAGAAGAAGAGGCAAGGCAAAGGGAAGAGCGUGAACGCAUGUCCUCGAGUGAAAGCAUGGAGGCCUUGUUGGCGAAGACGAAGUCGAAGAAGUGGGACAAGGACUGUAUUAGAGCCAUCGCCAACAACACGUGUAGGGACUCUGUGCGCUUGAGGAAAGUUGGCCUCGGCGACAGUGGAGGCCGUGCAGUGGCCGAAGCGCUCAAGGACAACACCUGCCUCAAAGACCUUCGCCUGCACAACAACUCCAUUGGCGACGCCGGCGCCGUGGCAUUGACCGAGAUGCUGAAACACAACACGACCCUCGAACAGCUCUUCCUGAAUGGCAACUCCAUCGGCCCUGGGGGCGCUGUGGCGUUGGCGGAGAUGCUGAAGCUCAACACGACCCUCACACUACUCAGCCUGCACCACAACUCCAUCGGCGACGCGGGCGCUGUAGCGUUGGCGGAGAUGCUGAAGCACAACACGACCAUCACAGUACUCAACCUGAGUGCCAACUCCAUAGGCGACGCGGCCGUCGUGGCGUUGGCGGAGGUACUGAAGCACAACACAACCCUCAAAACCCUCUACCUGAGUAUCAACCACAUCAGCGAUGAGGGGGCUGUGGCGUUGGCGGAGAUGCUGAAGCACAACACGACCCUCACAACCCUCGACCUCCAAAGCAAUGGCAUCAGUGAUGACGGCGCUGUGGCAUUGGCGGAGAAGCUGCAGCACAACACGACCCUCAAAGCACUCACCUUGUUCAGCAACUCUAUCACUCCAGUUGGUGGUGCGGCGCUGGGAGCCGCCCUGGACCAGAACCGCACGCUGGAAACGCUCUGUAUGAAGAAGAACUCCACUACCACCGCCCGUGCCUUUGGUGCCGCCCUGCCCCUCGACCGCGAGCUCGACACAGGCAACUGGUCGCGACCGGAAGCGGAACAUCAGCGACCGGAAGCAGCUGCAGACAAUGAACAGCAACAACAGCAGAGGCAACUGUUUGCUGCCUGCAAGAGCGGCGACGUCGAAGCUGUCACUUCUUUCAUUCAACACGACCACGCGGACAUCAACGAACAGGAUGAACAGGGCGACACACCGCUGCACGUUGCCUGCAGGCACAACCAACCCGCCAUUGUGCAGCUGCUCCUGGAGAAGGGCGCAGACGCUACCAUCAAGAACAUCAGGGGCGGAACACCAUUCAUGGUGGCGCAGAAACGCAAUUUCCACGCCAUCACCAGCAUCCAAGGUCUUGACCCAGACAGCAAACCCCAGCAACAACCACAACAGCAGCCAAAGAAGACUGAAGACGCAUCUGCACCCAUCUCUUCCGUCGAACCCAAGCAAGAAGCAGCACAAGACCCCGAGCAGGGGCGCAGGGAGCGUCUUCAGCAGCACAUGCGAGAGAUCAUUGUGCGCUUCAACGCGACCAUGGCGGGCAGGGCCAAGCUCAUCUUCAUUGGUCAGGGGCGCGCCGGCAAGACUUCCACGUUCCACUCGCUCAUGGGUCACAACUUCAACGAGCACGAGCACUCCACGCCUGGCGCUGCCACAACCGACCUCGCCGUCAUUGUCGAAUCCAUGGACAUUCACAACUGGCAGGAGCUGGAUGCGGAGAUCUCGGAAUUGAUGCGCAGCCUCUGCGGCACGGCGCUGGCGCAGGAAUCGGGCGUGGACUUGCAAAUGAAGCAGGCGAUGAUGAAGGCGAGGGCGAACUUUGAGAGCCGCAUUGCCCAACACAAACAGCAACAGCGGCAGAAGGAAGCUGAGAAGGCAAAGAAAGCAACGGCUGCCAAGCUGAAGCAGAAGCAGUUACAGAAUUCAAAGGAGACACAGCCACAGCCAUCCUCACACACGUCGACAUCGACCGUCCCAAAGCCCAGCAAGACGUCUCAGAUGUCAGCAUCUGCGCCCAAGAAGCAAGCCACCGUGAACCCUUCCAGCCACAGUGAUGCUGCUGCGCGUGACAACAGCACCACCGCCGCAACCGGCAUGUCUGCGGAGGAAAUGGAGAAAGCGAUCAAGGAGUUCAACGUGGACGCCGUCAUGGGCGAGGGCAAAGCACGUGUCACGUUCAAGGUGUUUGACUUGGGCGGCCAGUCCACCUUCUACAUCUUUCACCCUUUCUUCCUCACCAAGUACGCGGUGUACCUGCUGGUGUUCUCCAUGGAGGAUCUGCUGCACCAGGACGAGAGCAAGCGGACAGAGACGUGGGAGUUUAUGGAGCACUGGUUGUCUUCCCUCCACCUCCACGCCAAGGGUGCACCCGUCCACAUCGUCGGCACCUUCGCUGAUGUGAUCAGCAAGCGUAAGCAGCACGAGCACAUAUCACGCGACAUCUACAGCCGCCUGCGCCACAACCCGGCCUUUCCUGGCGUCAUCCACAACGACAAGCACGGCCUGUGGUUCUGGCCCAUCGACAACACCAAGUCUAUUAAUGACCCCAUGAUCCAGGACCUGCGCCAAACCAUCUCCUCCACAGCACUGGCGCAGGAAUACGUGAGCCAGGAGGUGGCUGUGCCGUACCUCCACCUCUACGACAAGCUCAACGCCAUUGCCCGCGACGAGAAACGACCGCUGCUCACCUUUGACGAGGUGGCAGAGAUUGCGCGCACCUGUGGGCUGCGCACACAUGACGAGACGAGGGCUUGCCUCCAGUUCCUGCACUUGUACUCGAUGGCGUUGUACUACGAUCACGUGCCAGGCAUGGAAGACUAUGUGAUCCUGAGUCCGCAGUGGGCGGUGGACACGAUGACGCGCGUCAUCCGCAACUUUGACCUGCACCGCGAUGUGCGUGAUCGCGAGGCGAGGGCCGUUGGCGCGCAACUGUGGGACGACCUCGUUGACCGCGGCAUCCUGCACCGCCGUCUGCUGGACGUGCUGUGGAACGACGUGGACAGCAACUUGGUUGACCCAUUCCUGCGCCUCAUGAUGAACUACGGGCUGUGCAUUGACUACUCUCCACCCAAGCUGGUGGACAGCAGCAGAGCGCUCGCCCGCACCAACUCCGGCCACGGUGACAACGAUGCGAGCCAGAGCAAGGGCAACAGUCCAGAGCAGCAGCAGUACCUGGUCCCAGCCAUCCUGCCGAUGACCAUUCGCCACAGCAGCACGAUGGAAUCUGUCACUCUGAGCACGACAGCAGCACAACAGGUCAACCCAUAUGCUGGGCACGAGGAGAAGACGGCAUAUGUCGCCUUCAGCCUGAAGCAAUUCAAGAAGGCCGCGAGCGUGCGUGUUGAAGAUGCACAGAACGCGUCGUUCCUGCCAGAGGGUCUCUUCACCAUUGUUCUGGCUUAUGUGAUGGCGCAUGCACAGCACGGUGCAUCGCAGGAGGCCAAGCUGAGCCGCACCCACGCCGUUUGCUUCAUGGAGUCGACCAAGCUAGAGCUGCAGCUUGUGCCGGCUGUUGGCGGCAUCAAGAUGAAGAUCACGAGUGCGCAGCCGCGCGCCAUGCUGCACAUGCUGCACAAGAUGAUUAGCGAGGCCGCCAGAGAGCGCUAUCCUGAGCUGAAGAGCAGCCUCCUGCUGCCGUACGAUGACAAGACGCUGCUCUUCUUUGAGGACGUGCUGCACCACCACAAGAGCAAGCAGGACAUGUGGGUGGACGAACAACUGCUGUCGCCCGAUGACCUGGUCACCAAGUAUGGCCCUCUCUUGCCCGUUCUCGGCCUGCAGGACAAGUACGACGUCUUCAUCAGCUACCGGCAACGCGCCAGCAGUGGGCUGGUGAUGGCGCUGCACCCGCGCUUGGAGCAGCGCAACCUGAUCGCAUUCCUGGACGCCAAUAACCUGGAGACGGGCCUCAACUUCAAGUUGUCGUUCAUGACAGCGAUUGGGCUGAGCCUGGUGGCCUGCCCCAUCGUCUCUGCUGCCACCAUCAUGCAGACGAGGCAGCUGCAGCACAGCGACUACUGCGACAACGUGCUGCUGGAGUGGAUGACGAUGCUGGCGCUGCGCGAGUACCAACGGGCUCAUGAAGAAGAUGAGAAGGAGCAGCACGCCAAGAUCCGCCUCCAUCGCGUCGUACCCGUGGUCGUGGGCAGCGCAUGGCACAAUGUAAACGACAACAGCGUGAGCAGGACUGAAGUGAGCGAGUACGACUCGUUGGAGCGCCUGAAGCGACUUGCGAAGUCCCUGCCAGAUGUUGUGAGCAAGGAAACGGCAGCAGCACUGGACCAGUACUUGUCGCAGGUGCUGCGCUUGCCGCCGCCACAACAACACAAGAGUGUACGUGAGACUGUGCUGUCGCUGUUGGACAUUGAUGCCGUGGUUGCAUUGGACGCCACUGGGGACUGCACGUCGCAAUUGCGCGACAUUGCGGAGAAGGUGCGCCAGGUCGUCGUCUCUGCCAGGAGUGAGGAGCAAGCAGGGAGUGGAGCAGCAACUGCACGUCAAUCCACGCAGUCGUCUUCUUCAUCCUCCACCACCACCACCGCGACAACUCCUGCUCCACCGCCGCCUACCACCCCAUCGCCCUCUUCCGCCUCGUCGCUCUUUGAACCCGAGCUGUUGCAGUGGCUCGACCGCCACUCCCUACUGCCGCACGUCGAACCAGCGUUGCUGGAGCACGGCAUCGACUCGCUGGAUGUGCUUGUUGGGCUCGUUCAGAUGGGCGAGCUGACCAUGCAGACACUUCGGGCGUCCGGUGUGGCAAUGGGCCACGCCCUGAAGCUUGUGCAACAGGCGAAGAAAUGCGAGCUGGGCAGCACAGCGGCAUAGCCGUCAAGCGAAGAAGGAACAAGAUUCUCCUUGCGUGUGCGUGUGUGCGUGUGCGUGUGUGUGUUUAGGUUGUGCAUAUGGCUCAUGCUUGUUUGA